AUGGUAAAAUCAGUCAAUUUAGCAAUUAUUGGAACAGGUGUUGUUGGUUCAGCAUAUAUUAAUCAAUUAAAUAAUUUAAAAUCUAAAAUCAUAUUUAAUGUAAUAUAUUUAGCUAAAAAUUCAAAAGAAGCAAUUUUUAAUAAAGAUUAUAAAUCUAUAAAUUUAUCAAAUUAUAAACAAGAAACAACUCAACCAUUAUUAAGUUUAGAUGAAUUGGUCGCUUUUUUAAAAAAUUCCCCAAAGCCAACUAUUUUAAUUGAUAAUACAUCAAAUGUAUCAAUAGCAAAUUAUUAUUCAAAUUUUUUAAAAAAUGGAAUUUCAAUUGCAACACCAAAUAAAAAAGCUUUUUCAUCAAGUUUAAAAAUUUGGAAUGAUAUUUUUCGUACUGCUGAAGAAGAUGGUUCAGGAUUAAUAUAUCAUGAAUCAACUGUUGGAGCAGGUUUACCAAUUAUUGGACCUUUAAAGGAUUUAAUUUUAACAGGUGAUAAAAUUGAAAAAAUUGAAGGUAUAUUUUCUGGUACUUUAUCAUAUAUUUUUAACGAAUAUUCAACUACAGAAAAAUCUGAUAUUAAAUUUAGUGAUAUAGUUAAAAAAGCAAAAGAAUUAGGUUAUACUGAACCUGAUCCAAGAGAUGAUUUAAAUGGUUUAGAUGUUGCAAGAAAAGUUACUAUAUUAGCAAGAAUUUCUGGAUUUGAAAUUGAAAAUCCAACUUCAUUUCCUAUAGAAAGUUUAAUUCCAAAACAAUUAGAGUCUGUAGAAAGUUCAAAUGAAUUUUUAAAUCAAUUAUCAAAUUAUGAUUCCGAAAUUCAAAAAAUUAAAGAUGAUGCAUUUAAUAAUAAUCAAGUUUUAAGAUUUGUUGGAAAAAUUGAUUUAUCUACAAAUAAAGUAUCAGUUGAAAUUGGGAAAUAUUCAUUUGAUCAUCCAUUUGCUUCGUUAAAAGGAAGUGAUAAUGUUAUAUCUAUAAAAACUAAUAGAUAUCCUAAUCCAUUAAUUAUACAAGGUGCUGGAGCUGGUGCUGAAGUUACUGCACAUGGUGUAUUAGCAGAUACUAUAAAAAUAGCAGAAAGAAUAGCAAAUUAA